AUGUAAAUAGUUUCUAAUAGUUUACCCCUUGAUAUCCAUUUGUCCUUUUCUUUUCUUUUCUUUUCUUUGUCUUGUCUCCACAUGCAGCCUCCUGUUCGUGCGCUAUCAAAUUUACAUAUAAAUAUAUAAUGUCUUAUUAAUGAUUAUCAAUAUGGUUUCUUCCAUGUGAUGCUGCCUUUUCAAGCAACAACAGCUCAUUAUCUUCAUCAACAUUCACCACUACAGUUCUUCUUUCCUCAUAGUCAACGAUUCCUUUCUUUCUUUCUUCAACUCUUUUUCAGUUGCAUUUCUGACGAUAGGUGAAGCUUCAAUGCGUUUCUGAAUCUGUUUCCGUUUCUGGGUUGUGAAUGUUUUGUUGAGAUCUAGACUCAACUGCAGCACUUUUUGACUCAGAAAAUGAGUGACAAGAUGAAUCUAUGGUGUUUUUUCUCUGCAAUUUUCUUGCUGGGAGCAAGUUUCUUGCCUAUUACAGCCGACCCAGUUGAAGAUAAGCAAGCAUUGCUGGAUUUUCUUGACCAUAUUCAUCAUCCACACCCUCUCAAUUGGGAUGAAAACACCUCUGUGUGCGGAUUAUGGACUGGAGUGACAUGUAGUGAAGAUGAUUCUAGAGUUAUAGCCCUCAGGCUGCCUGGAAUUGGCUUGCGAGGUUCGAUUCGACCCAACACAAUUAGCAGAUUAUCUGCAUUACAAAACCUGAGUCUGAGAUCCAAUAGUAUCUCAGGUUCACUCCCUUCUGAUUUUUCGAAUCUCCAAAAUUUGUCCACCCUUUACCUCCAAUUCAAUGACUUCUCUGGUCCAUUGCCUUCAGAUUUUUCAGUUUGGAAGAGUCUUACAGUUAUUGAUCUUUCAAACAAUUACUUCAAUGGGAGUAUCCCUUCUUCAUUCUCAAAUUUGACUCACCUCACAUCCCUAAACCUUGCUAACAACUCGCUUUCUGGUGACAUUCCUGAUCUCAACAUUCCCAGUUUGCAACAGCUAAAUUUGUCCUACAAUAACCUCACUGGAAGUGUGCCUUCCUCUCUUCAUAGAUUUCCAAGUGGGGCAUUUCUUGGUAACAAUCUUUCCUCAGGAAUUGCCCUUCCUCCAGCUCUUCCAAUUCAACCACCAAAUGAACAACCAACAAGUGGGAAAAGCACAAAACUUAGUGAACAUGCAUUGUUGGCUUUGAUUAUAGGGGGUUGUGUUUUGGGGUUUGUGGUAGUUGCUCUUUUAAUUUUAUGUUGCUAUUCUGGCAAAGAAGGCCAAGAUGGGUUGCCAGUGAAAACACAAAAGAAAGAGAAGUCACUGAAAGCAGGGGCCUCUGAAAGCCAAGAUAAGAACAGCAGUCUUGUGUUCUUUGAGGGUUGUAGGCUUGUCUUUGACUUGGAGGAUUUGCUGAGGGCCUCUGCUGAGGUGCUUGGAAAGGGAACUUUUGGGAUAACCUAUAAAGCAGCUUUGGAGGAUGCCACCACAGUGGCGGUGAAGAGGCUGAAGGAAGUGAAUGUGGGCAAAAGGGAGUUUGAACAACAAAUGGAGGUGGUGGGGAACCUAAAGCAUGAGAAUGUGACUGCAUUAAGAGCGUAUUACUAUUCCAAGGAUGAGAAGCUUAUGGUUUAUGAUUAUUAUGGUCAGGGAAGUGUAUCAGCAAUGUUACAUGGAAGAAGAGGGGAGGGACAGACAUCUUUAGACUGGAAGACACGAGUGAGAAUAGCAAUUGGUGCAGCAAGAGGUAUAGCUCAUAUUCAUACACAAAAUGCUGGGAAAUUUGUCCACGGAGACAUAAAAGCCUCAAAUAUUUUCCUCAAUCCUCAAGGAUACGGUUGUGUUUCUGAUAUUGGUAUGGCAACACUGAUGAGUCCAAUGCCACCUCCAGUUAUGCGAGCUGCAGGGUACCGUGCCCCUGAAGUAACAGACAGUCGGAAAGCAACCCAGGCGUCUGAUGUUUACAGUUUUGGGGUCUUGCUGCUUGAGCUUCUCACGGGAAAGUCACCGAUGCAUGCAACAGGAGGUGACGAGGUUAUUCAUUUGGUAAGAUGGGUAAAUUCUGUGGUUAGAGAAGAGUGGACUGCAGAAGUGUUUGAUAUAGCACUUUUGAGGUACCCCAAUAUAGAAGAGGAAAUGGUGGAGAUGUUACAAAUAGGAAUGGCUUGUGUUGUGAGAAUGCCAGAACAAAGGCCAAAAAUGCCAGAGGUUGUAAAGAUGGUGGAGGAACUCCAGCGAGGGAGUUCUGAAAACCGGUCACCACUGGCAAACAACUCAGAAAACUCGAGCUCAAGUCCAACCCCUCAAACGACAACUGAAAUUGGUUCUUCCUCUGCCGCUCAUUAGCAUUCUCUUUAGGUUGGUAUUUUAUGUUUCUGUAGAAAGUUGGGUGCUAAGAUUAGUUUAGCUGCUUGACCCAGCUAAGGUCCAAGGCAAAGUUCAAGUUUUUGUCAAUUUGCAUUAUUUAGUAAUGAGUCAUGGGUUGUUGUUAUGCUUGUGGAAUGAAAUGGCCUUGCUCAAUAAUAAAAGCAAUUUAAUCUCUUUGUUCUA